AUGACUGACGUUAGUCAUCCUCCCAUGGACCAGCUUCAGGACCUUGAAUACUGCAUUGAUUCUAAUCCUCCAUGGGGUGAAACCAUCCUGAUAGCAUUACAAAAUUACAUAUUAGUACUUGGCACAAGUGUAAUGAUUCCGACACUUCUCGUCCGAUUGAUGGGUGGAAACCAAGGGGACAUAGUACACGUAAUACAAAAUUUGCUUUUCGUAGGUGGAACUAACACAUUUCUUCAAUCACUCUUUGGAACAAGGCUACCUACCGUAAUUGGAGGGCCCUUUGCUUAUGUCAUUCCGAUAAUAUAUAUAAUUAGUGACUCAUCACUACAACGAAUGGACAAACCUCAACAAACUCUUAUACAAACUAUGAGAGCAAUCCAAGGUGCUUUAAUUGUUGCUGCAAGUAUACAAAUAAUUAUAGGCUACAGCCAAAUUCGGGGUCUCUUUUCAGGCUUUUUUAGUCCCCUUGGUAUGGAACCUGUCGUUGGAUUAGUUGGCUUGCCUUAUUUCAACGAGGGUUUCCCACGGUUUUUCAUGAAUAUGCUUGGAAAUUACGUAGAAAUUGGUUUGCCGAUGCUUUUGUUGGUCAUUAGCUUGCCUCAAUAUCUAAAUCACAUUAAACCGCUAAGGGAUUUUCUCAUUUUUGAACGCUUUCCCGUGUUGAUUUGUGUCACAAUUGUUUGGAUAUAUUUGCUUAUAUUGACGGCUAGUGGAGUUUACCAUGGCAAGCCCAUCAAACUUAGAUCAGUUGAUCUUGAUUGUGUUAAAUGUGAUUUUGAUUCUUCAACUUAUGUUUUUUUGCACCACCUAAAGGUAUACUUUUCGGUGUUUAAGGUUCAAGUUUCCAUAUCCUCUACUUUCUCUGCAGGUCAUUCCAUUGCCACGAUGUCUUCGGUUCUUGUCUCGAUGGUUGAAUCCACUGGUGCCUAUAAAGCAGCAUCACGUAUGGCAAUUGCCACUCCACCUCCAGCCUAUGUGCUCAGCCGAGGAAUUGGUUGGCAGAGAAUAGGCAUUUUGCUCAAUGGCCUUUACGGAACACUCACUGGCUCUACCAUAUCUGUGGAAAGUGUAGGACUCCUUCAACUAGCUCGAGUUGGAAGUCGUAGAGUUAUUCAAAUCCCUACAGGUUUCAUGAUAUUCUUCUCCAUAUUAGGGAAAUUUGGAGCCGUUUUUGCCUCUAUACCUUUCCCAAUAUAUGCUGCAUUAUAUUGUGUUCUCUUUAGCGUAGUAGGUUCAGUCGGCUUAUUGUUUCUUCAAUUCACUAACAUGAAUUCUACGAGGAAUCUCUUCAUGACGGGUCUUUCUCUUUUCCUUGGGAUCUCUAUUCCUCAUUUUUUCGGAAAUAUUGGAGUCCACAUCAAUGCUGGAUGGUUUAAUGCAUUCUUGAAUACUAUAUUCUCCUCACCACCAACUGUAGGGCUAAUAUUGACGACAUAUUGGAGAUUGUGGCGAUGUGAAUGGAAGAUUGAUUUUCACAGUAAAUCAAGGCUGGGAGAGAAAUCGAGACCUGUAAAUGAAGGAAAAGCUGAUGAACCCAAAUAUUCUCACAAGCUGUUGAAGCUAAAGCACAAUAUUACGCCUCUGCUGAAGAUCUGGAUAUGUUAG